AUGUGGCUGUUCCUGCCGCUGCUGCUGUGCUGGGGCCGCGCUGGCGGCGGCGGCCCGGGGGAGCCCUGCUGGGAAGCGCUGCUCCGCUGCCAGGACGAGCCGGACUGCGGCGCCGCCUACAGCCAGUCGCAGGCGGCCUGCGAGCCGGUGCUGAGCCGGGCCGAGGCAGGAAGCGGGGAGCCCUCCGGCGGCUGCCCCAGCCACUGCAUCGGGGCGCUGGUGCGGCUGAACCGCAGCCGGAGCGGCCCGGCCCUGGAGCGCUGCGAGUGCGGGCAGGACGCGCGCUGCCGCCGGCUGAAGGCGGCCAUCGAGCCCUGCCUGCCCCGGCCCUCGCGCAGCGGCCUGGGCUGCACGGCCGCCCGCUUCCGCUGCCAACAGGAGCCCGCCUGCCGGGAGCCGCUGGACGCCUACUUGGCCCGCUGCGGGCAGCUCUUCAACGGGCGGCGCUGCUCGGCCGCCUGCCGGGCCGCCAUGGGGCAGCUGCUGGCCGCGCCGGGGGGCCCCGCGCUGGAGCGCUGCGUGUGCGACGGGCCCGAGCGCCCCUUCUGCCAGGUGCUCAAGGCCAACAUGGGCCGCCUGUGCUCCGCGCCGCCCGCCGAGCCGGGCCCGGACGAGGACUACCGGGACGAGGAGCGGCUCCUGCGGGAAGAGGACGAGGGGCCGGGCGCGGGCGGCGCCUGGGUGCGCUCCGGGGGCCGCUCCCGGGACGCGCCGGCCUGGUGCGCCCUGGCCCUGGGAGUCCUGCCGCUGGGGCUCCGGCUCCUCUCCUGGCCCUAG